CUCCGCGCGGCGAGGCCGACACGUCCCCCGCGGUGACGGCGUGCCAGGCGGAGAGCCGGCGCGCGCCCAGCCCCGGGAAAGCCCCGGCGACGCGGCCGCGAGCCGGGGUCCCUCCGAGCCGCCAGGGCGCGCCGGGCGGCCCGUCUUUCUGCCCCUCCCGGCAGGGAUCCCCCCGCUGCCGGCGGCCGGGACUCCGGGCCUCCCCGGGAUCAGUCCCGAGCCCGCGCCCCGGCCCGGGCUCCUCCGGGGGCCCUCGGGAGGGUCUCCCCGCUCCUCCCUAGGCCCCCUGCCCUGGCCGCAGCCCGCGCGUCCCCCUGAAGGCUGCGAGCCCACGAGCCCCGCGGGCGGCGGCGGCGGCGGCCGACUGACAUGCCCCGGACGCGGCUGCGGCCGGCGGGCAGCCCGCGGGGGCGAUGAGCCGCUGCGGCCGCUGAGCAGCCGGGCGGCGGGGCGUCGCGCACCUUCCUCUCCCCCCUCACUUGGCCACUCCGCUCGGGAGACCGGGAGGAAACGGUCUCUGGCCUGUCAGGAGGACCAUUGGUGCUGCAGUGGAAGCCAGCGGCUAAAUCUCGUGUAUGGCGUGGUUAAGGUUGCAGCCUCUCACCUCUGCCUUCCUCCAUUUUGGGCUGAUUACUUUUGUGCUCUUCCUGAAUGGUCUUCGGGCAGAGGCUGGUGGCUCAGGGGAGGUGCCCAGCACAGGGCAGAACAAUGAGUCCUGCUCAGAGUCAUCGGACUGCAAGGAGGGUGUCAUCCUACCAAUCUGGUAUCCAGAGAACCCUUCCCUUGGGGACAAGAUUGCCAGGGUCAUUGUCUAUUUUGUGGCCCUGAUAUACAUGUUCCUUGGGGUGUCCAUCAUUGCUGACCGCUUUAUGGCAUCUAUUGAAGUCAUUACUUCUCAAGAGAGAGAGGUGACUAUCAAAAAGCCCAAUGGAGAGACCAGCACAACGACGAUUCGGAUCUGGAACGAAACUGUCUCCAACCUGACCCUGAUGGCUUUGGGUUCCUCUGCUCCUGAGAUCCUUCUCUCUUUAAUUGAGGUGUGUGGUCAUGGGUUCAUUGCUGGUGAUCUGGGACCUUCUACCAUCGUAGGUAGUGCAGCCUUUAACAUGUUCAUCAUCAUUGGCAUCUGUGUCUACGUGAUCCCCGAUGGAGAGACUCGCAAGAUCAAGCACCUACGAGUCUUCCUCAUCACUGCUGCUUGGAGCAUCUUUGCUUACAUCUGGCUCUAUAUGAUCCUGGCAGUCUUCUCCCCUGGUGUGGUUCAGGUUUGGGAAGGCCUUCUCACUCUCUCCUUCUUUCCAGUGUGUGUCCUUCUGGCCUGGGUGGCAGAUAGGCGACUGCUCUUUUACAAAUACAUGCACAAAAAGUACCGCACAGACAAACACCGAGCGAUUAUCAUAGAGACAGAGGGCGACCACCCCAAGGGCAUUGAGAUGGAUGGGAAAAUGAUGAAUUCCCACUUCCUGGAUGGGAACCUGGUGCCCCUGGAAGGGAAGGAAGUAGAUGAGUCCCGCAGGGAGAUGAUCCGGAUUCUCAAGGAUCUGAAGCAAAAACACCCAGAGAAGGACUUAGAUCAACUAGUAGAGAUGGCCAAUUACUAUGCUCUUUCCCAUCAACAGAAGAGUCGUGCCUUCUACCGGAUCCAGGCUACCCGUAUGAUGACCGGCGCAGGCAAUAUCCUGAAGAAGCAUGCAGCGGAACAAGCCAAAAAGGCCUCCAGCAUAAACGAGGUGCACACCAAUGAGCCUGAGGACUUUGUCUCAAAGGUCUUCUUUGACCCGUGCUCUUACCAGUGCCUGGAGAACUGCGGGGCUGUACUCCUGACAGUGGUGAGGAAAGGGGGGGACAUGUCCAAGACCGUGUAUGUGGACUACAAAACAGAGGAUGGUUCUGCCAAUGCAGGGGCUGACUAUGAAUUCACAGAGGGCACUGUGGUUCUGAAGCCAGGAGAGACCCAGAAGGAGUUCUCGGUGGGCAUCAUCGAUGAUGAUAUUUUUGAGGAGGAUGAACACUUCUUUGUGAGGCUGAGCAACGUCCGCAUAGAGGAGGGGCAGCCAGAGGAGGGGAUGCCUCCAAUAGUACUCAAUAAUCUUCCAUUGCCUCGGGCCAUCCUGGUAUCCCCUUAUGUGGCCACAGUCACCAUCUUGGAUGAUGACCAUGCAGGCAUCUUCACUUUUGAAUGUGACACUAUUCAUGUCAGCGAGAGUAUUGGUGUCCUGGAGGUCAAGGUUCUGCGGACAUCAGGUGCCCGGGGCACAGUAAUUGUCCCCUUUAGGACAGUAGAGGGGACAGCGAAGGGUGGUGGUGAGGAUUUUGAAGACGCAUAUGGGGAGCUGGAAUUCAAGAAUGAUGAAACAGUCAAAGCAAUUCACAUCAAGGUAAUUGAUGAUGAGGCGUAUGAGAAAAACAAGAAUUACUUCAUUGAGAUGGUGGGCCCCCGCAUGGUGGAUAUGAGUUUUCAGAAAGCGCUCCUGUUGUCUCCAGAGGUGACAGACAGAAAGCUGACUGUGGAGGAAGAGGAAGCCAAGAGGAUAGCAGAAAUGGGAAAGCCAGUACUGGGCGAACACCCCAAACUAGAGGUCAUCAUUGAAGAGUCCUUUGAGUUCAAGAAUACGGUGGACAAACUGAUCAAGAAGACAAACUUGGCCAUGGUUGUGGGGACCCAUUCCUGGAGGGACCAAUUCAUGGAGGCCAUCACUGUCAGUGCAGCCGGGGACGACGAUGAGGAUGAGUCCGGGGAGGAGCGGCUGCCGUCCUGCUUUGACUACGUCAUGCACUUCCUGACGGUCUUCUGGAAGGUGCUGUUUGCCUGCGUGCCCCCCACAGAGUACUGCCAUGGCUGGGCCUGCUUCGUCGUGUCCAUUCUCAUCAUUGGCAUGCUCACGGCCAUAAUCGGGGACCUGGCCUCCCACUUCGGCUGCACCAUUGGCCUCAAGGACUCCGUCACCGCUGUCGUUUUUGUGGCAUUUGGCACCUCUGUGCCAGACAUGUUUGCCAGCAAAGCCGCCGCCAUCCAGGAUACGUAUUCUGAUGCCUCCAUCGGCAACGUCACGGGCAGCAACGCCAUCAACGUCUUCCUGGGCAUCGGCCUGGCCUGGUCCGUGGCCGCCAUCUACUGGGCCCUGCAGGGACAGGAGUUCUACGUGUCCGCCGGCACGCUGGCCUUCUCGGUCACCCUCUUCACCAUCUUCGCGUUCGUGUGCAUCAGCGUGCUCCUGUACCGCCGGCGGCCGCACCUGGGCGGGGAGCUGGGCGGCCCUCGCGGCUGCAAGCUGGCCACGACGUGGCUCUUCGUGAGCCUGUGGCUCCUGUACAUACUCUUUGCCACGCUGGAGGCCUACUGCUACAUCAGGGGCUUCUGA